CAGCCUCGGGCCUCCGCCCAGCUCCAACACAUCGGACCAAACACACAUCACUUCAUCAUGUCUGGACGCGGCAAAGGUGGCAAAGGCCUCGGCAAGGGCGGCGCGAAGCGCCACCGCAAGGUCCUCCGGGACAACAUCCAGGGCAUCACCAAGCCCGCCAUCCGCCGCCUCGCGCGCCGCGGCGGCGUCAAGCGCAUCUCGGGCCUCAUCUACGAGGAGACCCGCGGCGUGCUCAAGGUCUUCCUCGAGAACGUCAUCCGCGACUCCGUCACCUACACGGAGCACGCCCGCAGAAAGACGGUCACCGCCAUGGACGUCGUCUACGCGCUCAAGCGCCAGGGCCGCACGCUCUACGGCUUCGGCGGGUAAAUCUACCCCCGAGCCC